UGGCGAGCGGGCAAGAUGGCGGCGGCGGCCGCGGCCUCGCCUCAGGCGCAGCCCGGGCCCGCGGGGGAAGGCGCGGAGGAGGCGGGCCCGGAGGGCGGCGGGCCGGGCGCGGAGGGGCCCGGCGGCGGCGGGGAGGCGGAGGCGGAGGAGUUCGCGUGCCCGGCGCACUGCGGCGAGCUGGCCUGGCGGCAGAACGAGCAGCGCCGCCUCGACCUCUUCUGCGACAUCACCCUGGCCUUCGGGGGCGGCGCCGGGCCGCUGCGCGAGUUCCGCGCCCACCGCUCCGUGCUGGCCGCCGCCACCGACUACUUCACCCCGCUGCUGUCGGGCGGCUUCGCCGAGUCGCGCUCCGGGCGGGUGGAGCUGCGCAAGUGGAGCUCGGAGGGGGGGCCCGAGCCGGACACGGUGGAGGCGGUGGUGGGCUUCAUGUACACGGGCAGCAUCCGCGUCAGCCCGGGCAACGUGCACGAGGUGCUGGAGAUGGCCGACAGGUUUUUAUUGAUGCGGUUAAAGGAAUUCUGUGGAGAGUUUCUGAAGAAAAAACUGAAUCUCUCCAACUGUGUGGCUAUUCAUAGCUUAGCUCAUAUGUAUUCCUUGAACCAGCUUGCCCUGAAAGCCGCAGACAUGAUAAGAAGAAACUUCUGCAAAGUUAUCCAAGAUGAAGAGUUCUACACGUUACCCUUUCACCUCAUCAGAGACUGGCUUUCAGACUUGGAAAUCACAGUGGACUCUGAAGAAGUUCUUUUUGAGACUGUCUUAAAGUGGGUUCAGAGAAACGCUGAUGAAAGAGAGAGGUACUUUGAAGAACUCUUUAAACUGCUCAGACUGUCUCAGAUGAAACCCACUUACCUUACCCGGCAUGUCAAAUCUGAAAGGCUAGUAUCCAGUAAUGAAGCCUGUCUUAAAUUAGUAUCUGAAGCUGUGGAAAGUCAUGCCCUGAGAGCUGAGAACUUGCAGUCUGGUAAUUUACAACAUUCUGCUUAUCCUGUAGCAUUGCUGCCUCGCUAUGGGCAGAACAUGGAUGUCAUCAUGGUGAUCGGUGGUGUGUCAGAGGGAGGGGAUUAUUUAAGUGAGUGUGUGGGGUAUUUCAUCGAUGAAGAUAGGUGGGUAAACUUACCUCACAUACAUAAUCACCUUGAUGGACAUGCUGUUGCUGUCACAGAAUCAUAUGUUUAUGUGGCUGGCUCCAUGGAACCUGGCUUUGCCAAGACUGUAGAAAAGUACAACCCCAACAGAAAUGUCUGGGAGCAAGUCUCUCAUCUGAUAACCAGAAAGCAUUCUUUUGGCCUCAUUGAAGUCAAGGGGAACUUGUACAGUAUUGGUGGACAUGGUAACUUCAGUCCUGGCUUUAAAGAUGUAACCAUUUACAAUCCCGAGCAAGACAAAUGGCACAACCUGGAGUCGGCCCCAAAGAUCUUACGUGAUGUCAAAGCAGUCACCGUAGAAGAUCGAUUUGUUUACAUUGCUGCUCGAACCCCAGUUGAUGAUAGUGAAGAUGGUUUAAGGGCAGUCAUUACCAGAUAUGACACGGAGACAAGGCACUGGCAAGACAUCGAGUCUCUGCCACUCAUUGAUAACUACUGCUCUUUUCAGAUGUCUGUUGCCAACACAAACUUUUACCAGACAGCAUCAUGCUGCCCCAAGAGUUACCCCAUAGAUAAUGAAGAGGCUAAGAGAAAGAUCUCUGGCAGAAUACCAGAGGAGAUUCUUGAAAGUUUACCUCCAGAAGUUCUUAGCAUUGAAGGGGCGGCCAUUUGCUAUUUUAAAGAUGAUGUUUUCAUCAUUGGUGGGUGGAAGAACAGUGAUGAUAUAGAUAAGCAAUACAGAAAAGAGGCCUAUCGUUAUUGUGCUGAGAGAAAGCGAUGGAUGCUUCUCCCUCCCAUGCCGCAGCCUCGCUGUAGAGCAACAGCCUGCCAUGUAAGAAUCCCAUUCAGAUGCUUACACGGUACGCAAAGAUACCCUAUGCCACAAAAUUUGAUGUGGCAAAAGGAUAGAAUACGGCAGAUGCAGGAAAUACAUCGGCAUUCUUUAAGCUUGCGAAGAAUGCCCCGCUCACAGAUUGAGUGCUAAUUCAUGGAAGACCAUUCCUCUAAUAAACCUGGUUUAAGAAAUACGGUGCUAUCUAUUUUGUAAGGCUCAAUACAGUGCCAUCAUAUAUUAGGAUUUGAAUAACUGAACUGGUUGCUGGUUUGAUGCAUAAAAGUCACAUCUUUACUUAAAUACUGAGGAUGGGAAAUAGUUAACAAACACCUAAAAUCCCUCUUUCUUAUGUAUCAUUGAGAGGAGCAUACAGUAGCCCAGGAAAACUAAAUUCCUAUUAAGGGGAUGUGAUGAAAUGCCUGACACUUUAAGAAAAUUUGAUGCAGAAUCUGUUAAUUCUCUUGUCCAACCCUCAUUUUCAAGGAUUUAUAUGGAGUUAGUCUGUCAACAGUUCCUUCAAUUUAAAAAACAAACAGCUGUAUUCUUAAAGCACCAAUUUUAUUUGUACUUACAUAUUGAUAUUCCUUUAGCUUCUCUUCUCCUGAGUAGCUGAAAUUCACAUACCAUUGGCAUCCGUGCACUUAGUUCUCCAAAACUGAAGGCACAUGCAAUAGUUAGGAAUACCUGUUAUAUAAAAAUAAAAGCACAAUCUUUUUUCAUAAAAUUACUUCAGGAUGUUUCUCUGUGUGUGUUAAAUACUUUUUCUGUAUAUUGUAGAAAUGCCAGAGUUUACUUAUAACAAAUGAUUGCUAAAACAUCAGAGACUUACUAAAAUGGCAUUUGAGACAGCACUUGGGAUGAUUUCACUAUCUGGACAUCCUUCAUGUUUCUGGGUCUCUUCUUUGUCAGCUUGAUUAGAAACUUAGACAAACAAUCAACCUGAUUAAAUGAGUGAAAACAGUAAAAAUGUUAACAGUAAAAAAGUAACUGUCCACUUCUAAAAUAACUGAGGACAUUAGGGAUUACUAAAAGCAAAAUUAUUUCGUAGCAGGAUAUUAAAAAUGGAGCUACUUUAAGUUUUUUUCCCGAACAUGACACACAUUUAAUUCCAGUAAGAGUUUGAAAAAUGAACCUGUAUCCAGCCUGCCUUUCACAAUCAAUACUUUUUUGCCGUCGAUAUAUUUUCUCUAUAAACUUAGAGUAGCAGUGCCACACUGUUCAACAGAAACAAGUGCUAAUUUGUUAGGGAAGUGGAACAAUCAGUUCUUAAAAUCUAAUUGCCAAUAAGAAGCUUUUAGGGAUCUUAAGCCUUCACAGUCUUCAAAUGUUUGAAUUCUCCAUUUAUUCUGUUUGCAGCAUUUAUAGAUGAUUGCGGGUGAAAUUAAGCUAUUUAAUUUUUUGACAUCUGAGAUUGUUUUAUGAAUAGGGCCAUGUUGGUUCUAGAUUAUUUAAUACAAUAUUCUGUAAGGGAAAUAUCCAACACAUUGUCCCAUGGAAGUAUCAUUGCCCAGAAGUAACCAUCCAACUAAGCCCUCUCCCCUUAUUCUCAUCGUGAAAGUUGCUCAAUUAUUUCUUGUGAAUUCCAUUGUCCUUUCUACCUCCUCUUCUUCCAAACCUUCCCUUUAUUUAACUGUUUGGAUUAUUUCCACUGUAGGCCUAACUCAGGAUUUUAGGGAAAGGAAAGGAGUAGUAACAAGGGUAUCCCAAAUGUCUACACAGUCAAACAUUGCUGAAAAAGCUGCUUUCUCUUGUUCAUUUUAUGGUAGAGUGUCUUAAAUGGGGGCAGCUAAUUUUGGAAAGCUCUUCUAAACAUUUUACUCUUUUUAAAAGUUUAACUUUCUGAACUGACACUUCUCAUUUUCCAAUUCAGCAGGCAGUCUAGAUCAUGUCUGAAAUACUAGGUAAGUCUUUCAACUGCAUGAUGUGUACAGGUUUUUCUGACUUGCAUAUGACCCUUAAUAUUUCCUCUUGAAAUUCACUUGACACUUUCUGUAUCAUUAACUUGCCUUGCUGUAAUAUUCAGACUAAUCCAGGCUUGUAAAAAUUGCCAUGAAAAUGUAACAGCUCAGAUACAAUCUAAUGAUGUGCUAAUACCAUCAUGCUGGAUUUUACUUGGCUUUUGAAUUACGCUGCAAGAGCAAGCGGGCAGGUCGAAAUUUGCAAGGCAGGUCUCACCUGUUUAAGAGGGGAAAUCAGUUAGCUUAUUCAAGUUCAAGGCUGACAUCCAGAAGUUGUUGGCUCUGAAAGACCUGCAUGAAUUCAUUUGGCAAGGUGCUGAUGAAUGUAGUUUAUCAACAGCACUGAUAGAGUAUUUGGUUGUAAAAUAUCACAAUUAUCAUAUUUUAAUUGCAAUCUAAGCAAAAUCUUCGAGUUGCAUAUCACCACAGAUCAACCUAGGCCAGCAGAUGCUCAAGCAUGAUCUUGUUUGGUUAUAACAAAAAUUAAUAACAGCCCUUGCCAUGAAAUAACUUUUGGCUUUUGUACAUCUUAGAGAUCUUAAAAUUCUUAAAUGAAGAUGUAAAAAUAACUUCAUGCCCGGGUGGUCUAACUUGUGAAUGCCAGCCCUGGUUUAUCAUGUGAUGCACUUUAUCUCACUUCCGGUGUGUUCAGUUUGCAUGAUGAGUGAUGGGCACUAUGGAGCAUAGUCAAUUUCAUGGCAGUCUUUUUAUAAUGCCAGUUCCAGGGGACCUCUUAAAUUCAAUGUAAAAAAGCCUAUUUAAAAAUGAUGUGGCUCAAUGGCAUAUGCGCACGUGUUUUUAAACAAAAAAUCUAACUGCCCAUUGUACACAAAGUAGUUGUUAUAAGAUGUAGAAAACUUAAAAUGUGUGUUGACUGUGGAUCUAGCUUAGUCCACUAACCUGUCAGCCAUUUAACAAGUUCCUUGUGGCCCUCGAUUAGCGUAGCGUGGUGGUACAUGUAAAACACUCUGGGCACUCUUCAGCUAUUGUUACAGCAGGGUAGUUAAACUAACAAGAAUCUUACACCUAUAUCCAGUAAGCAUAACUAAACUGACUCCUGUCUGUUUUUCAUUAAGAAAAAAAUCAGGUAGAAUAUUCAGACUAUUCUGCCGUUUAAGACAAUCAUACCUUUUUUGCUGUACUAAACACAUGCCAUGAAAUGCAUAGUCUAUGUCCUAUCUUUCUGUUCAGAAUAUUAGUGAAGUAGCAUAAACCUCUGACCAGCUAGACUGGCAGUGUAAUCAUUUUUAGGUGCCAUAUGUGUACAUAGUAUUUUAUAACAUCCCAAAUGGUCUAUUAGUAAGUAAAUGUUUUGUAUGUAUUUUUAAUACUUCUCUUGCACAAAGUUGGAAGGACACUACCCCAAACAUAUCGAAUAUAUGCACUAAAUAUUCUCUGCUACUGCUUAUUGAUGUUAUCCUCAAAUUAUUUUUCCAUUACAGUAAACAGUGAAAUAACAGGACUAUUGCGUCAAUGUAUAUUUUUGUUUACUAGAGGCAGACUGCAUUGUGCAGAUUAACGAAGUUUAAGGGCCUUUUGACCUGAAAUUACAAUAGUAUACUGUAGUGUUAGACUUGUUUGUAAAGGACCCAGUUAAUAUAAGUGUAUUUGUAUGGCUUAGCUUUAUUUUCAGCCACGUCUCAAAUAGAAUAUAAUCAUCUUUAAUAUAACCAGUUUAGGGGAAGCUUCCUAAUACAAGCACUCUUGAGGAUAUAAUCCUAUAAAGUACAUUAAUGUUAAAUGUAGAAAUAACUAGAUGUCUGAAGAACAUUAAUAGUCAUAGAUAUUCCUCAUGGAUCCACAUCACUCUGGAUCCCAUGACCUAUAAGGCAGCUGUUCUCUUCUGUCAGUUUUAGUGCAGGCUUCUGCAAUUGCUUGGACAAGCAGUAACCUCCAUACCGGGAAGAAUUACAUUGCUUCCUGUAAGGUAAAGUAGAGUUUCUGUUUGAAACAAAGAAUAUUGUAAUAUUUAAGUUCUUGAAACUAAACAUUGUUCUAAUGUUUUGUUGUAAUAAAAGUUUUUUAUUUCUCUAU